AUGAAAUUUAUACUAGUAGAACUUUCCCAUCUAUUUUGUAUAUUUAAUUUUGGUAUAAAUGCUCUACCGAUUAUCGUCACUACAUCUCAGAUUAAUAAUAGUACAUUGCAUCUCGAACAAAAAGUAGUACUUUCAGAAAAUCAUAAAGAUAAAUCAACAUCAAAUUUCAGUACUCCAUUAAUAAUACCAAACAUUGAAAUACCAAAAAAUUUUAAUGUAUCACAGAUAGCAAAAAAUUUAAAAGAUUUUGGUAUUCAUAGUUUAAAAGAUGAUAACCAUAUUGAAGGUUUACCAUUGGAUCGUCAUGGACAAGUAAAUCCAGAUUUUCAUAAAGAAAUCUUUUUGGGUAAUCAUGAAUUAUUUGAAUCAGAUAUUGAACGUGAUGGAAAAAAACUACAUAGAAAACUAGAAGAAAUAUUUCGAGAAUCAGAUUCUAAUCAUGAUGAACGUUUAUCAAAAGAUGAAUUACUUGGUCAUGUACUUAAAAAUGUUCAACAACAUUUAAAAGAAGCUAAAGACAGAAAUUCACAAUUAUUUUUAUUGAUCGAUACAAAUCAGGAUGGUAAAAUAAUAUGGGAUGAAUAUGUUGCAUUAUAUAUUAAAUUUCACAAUGUAAGUACAUUGAAUGGCACAAAUUCCCAUGAUAUUUAUUCUAUUCUAGAAUCAGCUGAUCUUCAUUUACGACGAGAAAUCUAUAAAAUUCGAUUUCGUUGGACACAAGCUGAUACUGAUGGUGAUAGUGCACUUAAUAUUGAUGAAUUUCUUGAAUUUCGUCAUCCUGAAAUAGUCGGUCGUGCAUAUACAUAUAUGGUUGAGGAUACUAUAGCACAAAUGGAUCGUAAUGAAGAUAAGAAAAUAAGCAUAGAUGAAUUUGCAUAUUUACCUCAAGGUGCAAUGCAAAAUGACAGACAGUCCGAAUGGAGAGAAGCGGAUAAAGAAUGGUUAGAACAACAAAAACAAGAAUUUAAUGAAAUGGAUGAAAAUAAGGAUGGCAUUUUGAGUAAAGAUGAAUUAUUGCAAGCAUAUAAUCCAAUGAAUCGUGUGCAUAUCGAUAUACAAAUCAAAAAACUAUUUUCAAAAGUUGACGAUUCACCAACAGACAAUCUUUUAUCCUUAAAAGAACUAAAAAGGCAUGCCGAUGUUUUUACUAAUAUGCGUAUUUUAGAUGCUGACGAAAUAUUACAUGAUGAAGUUUAA